GGAGGCGCGCUGAUCCUCAGUCGGUGUUUGAGGGAACAGUACACACACUUUCUCGCUCUUUCGCUCUAGUAUACUCUCGCUCUCCUCCUCCUCUCUCUCUUUCUCUCUCUCUUUCUUUCUCUCUCUCUCUCUCCUUUUCUCUUGCGCUUGCACGGAGUGAGAGGGGCAUCGGGAAGGGAAGAAUGAGGAAGAAGUCGGCUGUGCUGCGCGCCUCGUCCCAACAAAUGCGGGUUUGCUGAUGAAGCUCCGCUCCGGUUAUCCGAUCAUACAGGUCUUACACGUCCCGCUGCAUGGAAACGAAGAGUAGGCAACAACCGAAAACAACAGCAACAAACAAAAAGCUGUCAGUGCAUGGGAAUCCGGACACCUCUCCCUCUCUUUUGUGCGUCUCGCUGUGUGGAUACGCUGCCUUGGCUGGCGUAUAAGAGCUCCCUGCGUCUCCAUUACCAUUCUCCACUACUGGCUUACCUCUUCUUCUCCUCCUCCUCCUGGUUCUGCUGCUAGUAGAGCUUUAGUCCUGCUUUUACUACUGACUGCCUUCUCCGGAUUGUGGACACUCUCUGGAUAAACAGGUUUGAUAUCCUCAUAAAUCGUCACCUCACGGUGCUGGUUCGGACGUCAUCAUGGGUCGCUGGGAUCACUCAUCCCUCCUGUCCCCUGCCCUGAGGGUAGCAGUCUUCACGGUGAUCAUUCUCCUAAAGCUCGAUCCCUCUUUGGCCGGCACUCUGCCUGAGCAGAGUUUCGAUGGCUCCGUUUUAGCGGUGUCCACCAACAAAACGGAAUGCAGCAUGGCUGAGCCAUGCGCAAAAGGGGUGGUCCUUCCUAUUUGGGAGCCUCAGAACCCGUCAUUUGGUGACAAAGUGGCCCGGGCAACAGUUUAUUUUGUGGCUUUAGUCUACAUGUUCCUUGGCGUGUCGAUCAUUGCAGACCGUUUCAUGGCAUCGAUAGAGGUCAUCACGUCUCAAGAAAAGGAGAUCACUAUAAAGAAGCCCAAUGGAGAAACCACCACCACCACCGUUCGGAUCUGGAACGAGACCGUCUCCAAUCUCACCCUCAUGGCUCUGGGCUCGUCGGCUCCUGAGAUCCUGCUGUCCGUCAUAGAGGUCAUAGGUCACGGGUUCGAAGCUGGCACACUGGGCCCCGCCACCAUUGUGGGUUCUGCGGCAUUCAACAUGUUCGUCAUCAUCGGGCUUUGCGUGUACGUUGUUCCCGACGGCGAGACGAGGAAGGUCAAGCACCUCCGCGUGUUCUUCGUCACGGCCACCUGGAGUAUCUUCGCCUACAUCUGGCUCUACCUGAUCCUGUCCGUGAUCUCUCCCGGCGUGGUGCAGGUGUGGGAGGGGCUGCUCACCUUCUUCUUCUUCCCCAUAUGUGUGCUUUUCGCCUGGGUUGCCGACCGCCGCCUGCUGUUCUACAAGUACGUGUACAAGCGCUACCGCACUGGAAAGCAGCGUGGCAUGAUCAUCGAGACCGAGGGAGACCGCCCACUUCCUUCCAAGGUAUGUUUGGAUUAA